UAUAAGCCUGCUCCCCCGGGCUCCGCUCGCUGCGAAGGACACACGGGCUGGAGUAGCGGCGUGGGCAGAGGGGCUAUAGGGACAGUAGCAGGAACCUGAAACGGCUCGUAGACCAGCCCGACGCCCCUUUGCUCGGUACAAAGGCAUUUUCUGGUUCGACGCAAACAGACCCUGGGUCGGGCUUUUCCUCGAAAGCCACCGUCCCCGCCUUUGGUUUCCGAGGACAAAGGGUACCGGAGUGAUCUGCACACUGGGGGCGCUGGGACAGGCCAUGGUCAUGGAAGUGGGCUCCCUGGACGCCGGAAGCUUGCGGACGCUGCUGCGGGAGCGCGCGGCUCACUGCCUGCUGCUGGACUGCCGCUCCUUCUUUGCUUUCAACGCGGGCCACAUCGCUGGCUCGGUCAACGUGCGUUUUAGCACCAUCGUGCGACGCCGGGCAAAGGGCGCCAUGGGUCUGGAGCACAUUGUGCCCAACUCGGAGCUGCGCGGCCGAUUGCUUGCCGGCGCCUACCACGCCGUGGUGCUCCUGGAUGAGCGCAGCGCCGCCCUGGAAUGCGCCAAGCGCGACGGCACCCUGGCCCUGGCCGCUGGCGCGCUCUGCCGAGAGGCGCGCGCCGCCAAAGUCUUCUUCCUCAAAGGAGGAUAUGAAGCUUUUUCGGCUUCCUGCCCAGAGCUGUGCAGCAAACAGUCGACCCCCAUGGGACUCAGCCUCCCUCUGAGUACUAGCGUGCCUGACAGCGCUGAAUCAGGGUGCAGUUCUUGCAGCACCCCACUCUACGAUCAGGGUGGCCCAGUGGAGAUUCUGCCUUUCUUAUACCUGGGGAGUGCCUAUCAUGCUUCCCGCAAGGAUAUGCUGGAUGCCUUGGGCAUCACUGCCUUGAUCAACGUCUCAGCCAAUUGUCCAAACCAUUUUGAGGGUCACUACCAGUACAAGAGCAUCCCUGUAGAAGACAACCACAAAGCUGACAUCAGCUCCUGGUUCAACGAGGCAAUCGACUUCAUAGAUUCCAUCAAGAAUGCCGGAGGUAGAGUGUUUGUCCACUGCCAGGCAGGCAUUUCCCGAUCAGCCACCAUCUGCCUCGCUUACCUCAUGCGGACUAACCGAGUCAAGCUGGAUGAGGCCUUUGAGUUUGUGAAGCAGAGGAGAAGCAUCAUCUCUCCCAACUUCAGCUUCAUGGGCCAGCUGCUGCAGUUUGAGUCCCAAGUCCUGGCCCCACACUGUUCAGCUGAGGCCGGGAGCCCUGCCAUGGCUGUGCUUGACCGAGGCACCUCCACUACCACCGUUUUCAACUUCCCCGUCUCCAUCCCUGUCCACUCCACAAACAGUGCGUUGAGCUAUCUUCAGAGUCCCAUCACGACCUCUCCCAGCUGCUGAAAAGCUACGGGAGGUGAUCUGGUCUUCACAACCUGGACUCCAGGCUCCUUCUAGAGAGGCGAAAUGCAAUAACUCUGAGAAGGGGACUCCUGAGGGCUGGUCCUUAUUUAUUUAAUUUAACCAGACUUCCAUUGGGUUCUAAAUGGUCACAGUGAUGACUUCCUGUCAAGACGAUUGCUGAACUCAGCACAUUUGGGGCCAAUCUAUAGUGGGUACAUCAAGUCCCUCUGGCAGAAAGGGGCAGAAGAGAAAGGACUCUGUAUGAGCCAGUUUCUUUUUGCUUGCCCUCAUUUUUUGUAGAAACUCUUCAUGCUUGACAUACCUACCAGUAUUAUUACCAUUCCUGACGACACAUAUACACAUGAGAAUAUACCUUAUUUAUUUUUGUGUAGGUAGUCUGCCUUCACAAGCAUCAGUGUCUACUUCUAGAAGAACCAAAUACCUCAAUUUUUGUGUUUGAGUACUGUAAUAUCCUGUAAAUAUAUCCUAAGCAGGUUUGUUUUCUUCACUGAUGGAAAACAUCAGUGUUAUUGUUUUGUUCUGUUUUGUUUUUUUAGUUGCCAACAGUUGUAUGUUUGCUAAUUAUUUAUGACCUGAAAUAAUAUAUUUCUUCUUCUAAGAAGACAUUUUAUUACAUAAGGAUGAUUUUUUUUUUUAUACAACAGAAUAAAUUAUAGUAUUUCUAUUGAAAUCUCAA